AGAGGGGCUCUACUAAUGUGUGAUUUUAUACUUCAUCAUGUUCGGCUAUUUCGAGAACGUUAUUGUUUAGAAUUAGGAGCAGUUGUUGGCCUAGCGAGUCUAAUAGUAGCGCCCUAUGCAAAACGCGUUUAUGCAACUGAUAUUGGUGACGAUAUUCUAAAAAAUUGCUACCUCAAUCUUAACUACAAUGAACAUUUACUUGCCAAUAGAUCAAUUUAUGAUAUCAUUCGAGUUCGAGAAUUAAAUUGGCUAGAUGGUAUACCGAAACUAGAUUCUAAUAGUGCAGCCGGUACAAUAAACGCUCAAUUUUCGUGGCUAAAGGAUGAUCUUCUCGAAUUGUAUGAUUGUGUCGAUACGAUAAUCGCGUGCGAUGUUAUUUAUGAUGAUAACCAAACAAGUGCAUUAUUAACAUUAAUCAAAGACAUACUAACGCUAAGGAAUUCAAAAAAUAGUAGGAAACUGUUUAUGUAG